AUGUCCUCCCACUCCAAAACUCGGAGAUCACACUCCCCCAGACCCCAACCCCCCGAUAGCAAAAGACGCAAACGCAAAACCCUCUCCUGCUAUGAUUGCCGACGCCGAAAACUGAAAUGUGACCGGGAGCUACCCGCCUGUAGCCGGUGCCGAAACGCCGGCCAGGCACAUUCCUGCUCCUACAAUGAGCCUGCGGAUGUGCUGAGACACCCCUCUCCAACAUCCACGUGCUAUACGCCUGUGCCACAGGAAGCGGUGGUGGCUCGGCAGCCUGCCGGGCGCGCUUCGGGGUUGGCUUCUUUGGAGGCGACUCCGAAUGCGGGGACGUGGCAGUUGCUUGGUGCGACGUCGUCUGCGACGGGGACGAAUGAGCAGAGACCGGCUAUUCGGUCGAGGGUGGGGAGGAUUACGAUUACUGGGGCUGAGAUCACUGGGGUUGAAACGGAGGGGACGAUUUUCCGGGGUCAGAAUUUUAUGACGCAGUAUUAUGGGAGUAGUAAUCCGAUUAGUCUGAUCUCUCAUUUCCAGGAAUUGCGGACUUUUAUGAAAACGACGAUCAUGCAGCGGACAUCUUUGCCGACUCUGCAGCGUGAGCUCAAGACCUUGCAGGUGAAAUGGAAAGCUGCUCGUAACGAUCUCGUACCGAAAUCGGAUUGGGAGCUUUUUGGGCUUCUGCCGGAUCAGGAGACCAUUGAUGCGUAUGUUAAUCUCUACUUUGAGACGUUUGAGACUCUGUAUCGCAUACUGCAUUAUCCGAGUUUUGCAACAGAGUAUGAGACGUUUCGGGAAGACUACCACGCUGCGAAACCUGCGUUUGUGGUUCUGUUGCUGCUCAUCAUGGCUUCGGUUAGCUGUAUCUCUGACAGUAGUCAGACCCAAUAUAUUGGUGAGAGUUCGAUCGGUCGCGAACGCGCUGCACUUUGGAUCGAGGCCUCGGAAUGGUGGUUGUCAUGUCAGAGCCAGAAGCAUGUGUAUUUGGCUAUCUGGCAGAUCCGCUGUCUGCUGGUCUUGGCCAAACAGGUCAAUGUCGUGAAAAAGAAGCAGGCGUGGACGGUGGCGGGGUCUUUGGUGCGAACGGCCAUGUCUGCUGGCUUUCAUCGCGAUCCGAAGAUGCUGGGGGAAAGAGUCUCUGCUUUUGAUCAGGAAAUGAGGCGACGGUUAUGGGCGACGAUGCUGGAAUUGGAGCUUCAGGCUUCGAUGGAGCGGGGAAUGCCGUCUUCCAUGACAGGUAUUACAUCGGACAGCAGUACCCUUUUGAAUGUUGAUGAUGAGGACUUAUUGGUAGAUGGUGUUUCACUGCCCGAAUCGAGGCCGUGGGGAAAGUACACCAAAUGCUCGUUUCUUCAUAUUUCGGCAGCUACGUUCGCCCUUCGGACUUCGAUAAACUCCAAGGCCAACGACAUCGGAUCCCGGUGGACCUAUGAUGAGGUUUUGGAUGAAGAUGAAAAUGUCACGAAUGAGCUCAAGAGACUCCCAGUAUGGGUUGAUUCGCACGGACACUCUGAAAUGGCUAGGACCCUAUUGGAAAUCCAGCUCCGGCACUGCCUGAUUAUGCUCCAUGCACCGUUCGCGAGACUGGCUGAUAGCAAUCCUCGCUACGCGCUAUCAAAGAUGGUGUGUUUCAAUGCUGCUUGUGAGAUUAUUGAGAGGCACUACCAGCUCAACAAGUCGGGCAAUCAUGCGCUUCUGCUCCUUCGAGUUGAUCACUUCAGAGCGGCCUUGACGAUCUGCCACAACAUGUAUAUUUCAGCCACGAUCCAAAACAAUCUCAUCCUCGGGUCGAACAGCAACACCCUCCUUCAAUACGUGAACAGCGCCCUUGACAUGCUCUCGCAGAGAAUAGCACGGCUGGGUACAGGAUACACCCACUAUUGGUACAUAUCUGCAGCGUACACCUUUCUUCAAUUGAUUCUCUCCCCAACGGACCAGUCCGCACGGAAGGAGGAGGCCAUCGAGCGGGUUGUUAGGCAAUACCAUCACAUAUUAGCACAUCAGGAGGAUUUACACAAGGCCAAGGAAGUUCUCUUCCCCUUGCGCCCGGGUCAGGUAUGA